AUUGAUUCACUCACUUACCCACACAUGGAGAGAGAGGCCCGCUCAGCUACGAUAGCAGAGCGGGCAGCCGCGCUAACCUUUCUCAAAAAGGAAGGAAUGUACUACUAUCCUGAUAGAUAGAAAAGAGGAUUAAAGCAAAGAUCCUAGGAUGUGCGCGACUUUGGAAUUGCGGAGUGGAAUAGAUAUAUCCUCCCCCACCCACCCCCCUCCCCUUUUUUUCUACUCUUCUCCCAUUGUGACCGUCCGUCAUUCCGGCCCCCCCUCACCUCCGUCGUAACUAUCGUAUCGAUCGAGUAUAACAAUUCAACACCCGGGGAAGGGCGCUCAGCAUGACCUCACCCACAAUUUACGCCCCGGCCACCACCACCACCACUACCACCACUCCCGUUUCUGCUGCCCCCACCACAGCGGUAGUAGACGACCACAACCCGGCAUCACCCCCAAAAGAGCACCUCCUAGAUCCCGCCCUAGACAUUCAAAACCAGCACCACCACUCGCACCUCCACCAUUCCGCUGCUGCAUACGCCGCACACAACCCGGCCUUCGAGCCCUCGUAUGUUAUCGACUGUCACGCCCCCCCGCGAUUCUCGCACGAGCACUCGCACGAUGUGGAGAACCAUGCUGCUGCAUUGGCAGGAGAGCCGGGGAAGGGAGAUGACGCGGUCGAGGGUGGGAGCGUGAGGAGUACUGGCGAGGGGAGUGGGAGGAGACCGGGGAAGGCAGGGGUGUAUUAUAGGAAGUAUAAGCCUUUUGUGCACUUGUUUAUUUUUGCACUGUUCACGGGAUGGUGGAUAGCGUCCCUCGUCCUCCACCGCCACGACAAGAACUGGAUCAUCCCCUUCCUCCUCUGGCUCAGCAUAACUCUGCGCAUCAUAACCUUCUGGUUACCUGCACACCACGUCCUGCGCCCCGCCAAAUUCCUGUGGUCCAAGACCGCAAUUCCGCUCGUCGCCGCGAUCCCCCCGAGGUUCCGCAUAGCGGCCGGAGCAACGCUAGUAAUCUCGGUAUUCCUGCUGGGCUCCUUCAUCAGCGAGGAAUCGCUCAACAACACCCGCGACAACCGUGCGGUAUCCUUAUUUGGCCUACUAGUAUUCAUAGGCGCCCUCACAGCGACCAGCCGCAAUCGGCGGAAAAUCAAAUGGCGCACGGUGCUCGUUGGAAUGCUAAUGCAAUUCAUAAUCGCCCUCUUCGUGCUCCGCACGGGCGCGGGGUUCGACAUCUUCACCUUCGUAUCCGACCUCGCACGCUCGCUCCUCGGCUUCUCGCGCGACGGGACAGCGUUCCUCACGUCUCCCGAUGUGGCGAAGCUACCGUACUUCUUCAUCGGCGUCCUUCCAGCCAUCAUCUUCUUCGUCGCAUUGGUGCAACUCCUCUACUACUGGGGCGUGCUGCAAUGGUUUAUCGGAAAGUUCGCCUCCUUCUUCUUCUGGAGCAUGCAGGUCUCCGGCGCGGAAGCGGUCGUCGCCGCCGCAAGUCCGUUCGUCGGCCAGGGCGAGAGCGCGAUGCUAAUUCGCCCGUUCGUAGCGCACCUCACGCAGGCGGAAAUACACCAGGUCAUGACCAGCGGCUUCGCUACCAUCGCCGGUAGUGUCCUAGUAGCGUACAUUUCCAUGGGUGUGAAUCCCCAGGCACUGAUAUCCUCCUGCGUAAUGAGUAUCCCUGCCUCCCUCGCCGUGUCCAAGCUGCGCUACCCAGAGACGGAAGAAAGUCUCACGGCGGGGAAGGUAGUGAUACCGGAAGACGAAAACUCCUCCGUCAACAGCCUCCACGCGUUCGCGGACGGCGCAUGGCUGGGAUUGAAGAUAGCUGGCAUGGUGAUGACAAUCCUGCUCUGUGUCCUCGCGCUUCUCGGCCUCGUCAACGGGCUGCUAACGUGGUGGGGCCGAUACCUAAACAUCAACGACCCACCACUAACGGUGGAACUAAUCGUGGGUUACAUCUGCUACCCAAUAUCCUUCCUCCUCGGCGUCUCGCGCGAGGGCGAUGACAUAUAUAAAGUUGCCCAACUGAUUGGGACGAAACUGAUCGCAAACGAAUUCGUAGCCUACACCCGCCUCCAAUCAGACCCGGACUUCCAAACCCUCUCCGACCGCUCCCGCCUCAUCGCCGUGUACGCGCUCUGCGGCUUCGCUAAUAUCGGCUCGCUAGGCGGCGCCAUUGGCGUGCUGUCCCAGAUUGCCCCGUCCCGCAGCGGCGACGUCUCACGCCUCGCGAUAAGCGCUUUGAUCGCUGGCGCUAUUUCGACCUUGACGAGUGCUAGUGUUGCGGGUUUGGUGGUUACUAACCAGAGGCAGUUUACCGCGACUCCUGCUGGGCCAUAA